ACAGCAAAAAAAAAUAUCACCGAUCUUUCCGAAACUGUGAGAUUCCUCGGGUAUGAUACUCGGGAGGUUCGCGAUGGAGUCACUCGUGGUAGUAAUACCGGUUCUCGAGGGAUGAGGACUAAAAACAACGAACGGAAAGGCGCACCGAGUCAUCAAUGUAUCCCUGUUCAUAUCCAGAAAAACAGAAAAAGAAUAGUUAAGCCGAGAGAUGUUACAUUCUCUGGCUUCGAACAUAAAAUACGAGAAGGCGGGAUGGAAUCUCAGAGGAAAUUCGCGAGUUGGGGGAGGGUAAAGCAUUUGGCUAGGAACUUUCAUAAACGUUUGACUAAAAAUCCUAAGGAUGAAACAGUAGAAUUAAUUAGGUUGGGAGAGUGGGAAAAUGAGGUAGUUAGUGAAAAUGAAGAAGAGAUAGCUAGUAGCGAGGCCAGAGAUUAUGUGAACAGGCAUCAUUGUUUUACUCAGCAAAACUAG